AUGUACUCCCGUAAAUCGGAAUUUGAUGGGCAUCGGCGGCUGACAUCCGUUCGUCGAUCAGAGUUUCCAGGACAAGGGAAUCGCCAGCCAAGAGAGAGCAUUACGGCGGAUGCGUACAGAUUGAGCAUCGCUGGUGGACAAUCGACGGUGAAACGACCUAAAUCGCACGCAUCGAAUGAUCCACGUGAUCUUUCCAAAAAACAGAACCAAAAAGAAGCUAUUGAGAAACUUCAAUAUUUUUUGAUCGACCAGAUCAACUUCCGCGAAGUCUCGAUCAAGGAGCUGUCCACCAUGUCAACCGGAAUGUUCCUUGAGAUUUUCUCAGCUCUUGUGCGCACUGUCUUGGGCCCACACUACUUGACUAGCCUUCAAAAUGGCAAUGGCAAGAUGAAGCCACAAGAGAUGAUCGUUGAAACUAUGCGUGUGUUAGACUACCCUAUCAAAUUGGUCAAAUCGAGCUUUCAAAAUCUGACGAAACAGACGUUCCCAAUUGCACUUGGCGUUUUAGACUGGCUUAUCGAGCUGAUAAACAUCAACCAAGCAGCAGAAAAUGCAAGCCAAGACACAGAGGGCCUCGAAGACUUGAUUCCCAUCUUCGAGGGGUACGCUGCCUUUGCCGCUAAAGAAGGAGACGUAGAUGAGAUAAUUGACCAAAUGUGUGACGAGAGAGCCCGAGUGAAAGAAAGAGAGCUGGAGUUGGACGAAGUUGACAUUGAUGAUGCGCACAGGCGAUUGGCGGAGGCGCGACUUGAAGUCAAGGAUUUCAAGAGAGCGAAACUGACCUGCGAAAAUGAUCUCGUCGAUCUGACGAAAAGGAUCGAUGACUCCUCAAAAUACCUCGCGAUGACCAAGUACAAGACCGAAAAAACCGUACAAGAGGUGAAAGCGUUGCGCGAAGAAGAGACGAAGCAAAAAGAAAUGAUCGAACAACUCAAAAAAGACAACUCAGAGAUCAGAGAACGAAUCGGCGAUCAAGAGACAGCCAUUGAAAAGAAACACCGAUACAAUGCGCUCCUCGAAGAGGAUCAAAAGUGGCAAGAAAGUGUUGCGGCGCAACGAGAGGAUCUUGGAAAAAUUCAGGUCAAAGUACAACGGGUUCGAGCGAACGCAAGAGAUAUUUUGAUCGAAUACAACACAGCCGCCAACUCGCUGCGGGAAUUUUCCGAAAAGUUCAAGAUCCAAUCUUCUAUCUCUGCAAAUGACUCGGCAAUGCUCGAAGAAAAGCUGAAACUCGUCAGCGAGGCGGAUCAACGUUGCCACCAGCAGAUCAGCUCUCUUACGAGUGAAACGGACAUGCUCAACUUUGAAAAUGAUGAGCUUGAAAAGCAAAUUCAAUCGGAGCAGGAUGACCAAGACUUUGUUCAAAUGCAGUUCGAUACAAGAUUCAAAAAGAGCAAGGUCGAGCUGAAAAACGUCGAGGAAGAAAAUGCCAUUCUCAAGAGCCGAAUCCAGAAAACGAAGGAAACUGUUAUCAACAUCAGUGCAGACAUUGAAGCGCUUCAAUCGGACAAGACGGACCUUCAGCGAAAGCUCCAAGAUGUCAAAGAAGAAGACAGCAACGCCACCUUCGCCAAAGACGAAGAUAACAGCUUGAUAGAGCUCCUCCAAGCGGCGGAUGAAAAAAAGAAAGAUGCUGAGGCUCAAAACAAAACUGUUCGGGGAAUCUUCGAGCGAGAAAUGACCGCAGUCCAGACACGCAUCAAACGCGCCGAAGAAAUCCACGAGCUCAGCAAGAAAAACGAGCUGAACUAA